GGAAACCGAAACUCCCGCGCUCGGCAUAAAGGGCAGUCCAGGCGGGGAGCGCCAGUUCCAGCCCAGGCUCAGGCGCCCUGGAGCCUCCGCCGGGCUCCUCGCCGCCAAAGCGCAGCUCGCGGAUCUUUGGCCGCCACGGGUCCGGCGUCCGCGGACUGCCAUUUUUAUUAAGAACUGCUACUUACAAGUACCAAAGUACAAGAUAUUUGCUACCAUUAAUACUUGCCACAGGCAGCAGAAAGAAUGGAAGGACAUGUAUUUACACAAUUUUCAAAGAAAAUGUCCCAGUUAAUUAUGGAUGAAAUGCCAAAAGCUGAAUAUUCCAGUUUAUUCAAUGACUUCGUUGAAUCUGAAUUUUUUUUGAUUGAUGGAGAUUCAUUACUUAUCACAUGUAUCUGUGAGAUAUCAUUUAAGCCUGGGCAGAACCUCCAUUUCUUCUAUCUGGUUGAACGAUACCUCGUGGAUCUUAUCAGCAAAGGAGGACAAUUUACUGUAGUUUUCUUCAAGGAUGCUGAGUAUGCCUAUUUCAACUUCCCUGAACUUCUUUCUUUGAGAACUGCUUUAAUUCUUCAUCUUCGGAAUAAUACCACUAUUGAUGUUCAAACGACAUUUUCGGGAUGCUUAUCAGAAGAGUGGGAAAGUUUCCUGGAAGAGAGUUACCCGUAUUUCCUGAUAGUUGCAGAUGAAGGCCUGAACGAUGUACAAACACACCUUUUCAACUUUUUAAUCAUUCAUUCUUGGGCAAGGAAGGUCAAUGUCGUGCUUUCUUCAGGGCAAGAAUCUGAUGUUGUUCGACUUUAUGCAUACCUUCUUCCAAGCAUGUACAGGCACCAGACAUUUCUCCAGACGAAUAAACAGAAGACUGAAGUUGCUUAUAUGACCCUGCUUAACCAGUUGGAAAGAUACAAGGUUUCAGCAUUAGCACCUCUUUUUGGAAGUUUAGAAUGGAAUAAUAUGAUGGAAGAGGCACAUGAGACUAUAUCUCUGCUUACACAAAUUUGGCCAGAAGGCUCUGACAUUCAGCGUGUGUUUUGUGUUACUUCAUGCGCAUUGUCUUUGAGAAUGUACCAUCGCUUUUUAGAAAAUGGAAAUCCCAGGGGAUUCCACCAAGAUGGCCAAAUAAGAACAGCUCCAGAGUGCAGCUCCAAGCAAAAAAGAUGCAGAAGGUGCAUGAUCUCCACAUCUCCAACUGAGGUGAAAAGUAAUUGCUUAACCCUGCAGGAGAUGGAAGAUUUGUGUAAACUGCACUGUCUCACUGUGGUUCUUCUUCUCCAUCUGCCUCUUUCUCAAAGAGCUUGUGCUAGAUUCAUCACUUCCCAUUGGGCGGAGGACAUGAAGCCUUUAUUAAAAAUGAAAAAGUGGUGUGAAUAUUUCAUCUUAAGAAAUAUACAUACUUUUGAAUUUUGGAAUCUGAAUUUAAUUCACCUUUCUGACUUAAGUGAUGAGCUUUUGUUGAAGAAUAUUGCUUUUUACUAUGAAAAUGAAAAUGUAAAAGGCCCACAUUUGAAUUUGGGAGAUACCAUUAUGAAAGAUUAUGAAUAUCUCUGGAAUAUCAUAUCAAAGUUGGUCAGAGACUUUGAGAUUGGACAGCCAUUUCCUCUGAGAAAAACAAAAUUUUGUUUUCUUCAAAAGAAACCAUCACCAAUCAAAGACAGCUCCAGUGAAAUGGUGCCCAAUUUGGGUUUUAUUCCAAUGUCAUCUUCUCUGGUUGAUCAAUUUGCUGGAGAUAUUUUGAAAGAUUUGCCUUUUCUAAAGAGUGACGAUCCUGUUGUUACCUCGCUGGUUAAACAAAAGGAAUUUGAUGAGCUUGUGCACUGGCAUUCUCAUAAACCCCUGAGCGAUGAUUAUGACAGGACCAAAUGUCAGUUUGAUGAAAAAUCUAGAGAUCCUCAUGCUCUUAAAUCUCUACAGAAGUAUCAUGUUUUCCAACGAUUUUAUGGGAAUUCAUUAGAAACGGUCUCUUCGAAAGUCAUCGUGACUCAACCUAUUAAGUCAAAGAAAGAUUUUAGUGGGCCCAAGAGCAAAAAGGCACAUGAGACCAAGGCUGAAAUAAUUGCUAGAGAGAAUAAGAAAAGAUUAUUUGCCAAGGAAGAACAAAAGGAAGAGCAAAAGUGGAAUGCUUUGUCAUUUUCUAUUGAAGAGGAAAUGAAAGCAAAUUUACACUCUGGAAUAAAGAAGCUGGAAGACUUUCUGAAAUCCUGUAAAAGUAGCUCUGUGAAAUUUCGGGUUGAAAUGGUGGGGUUAACUGCCUGCCUGAAAGCCUGGAAAGAGCACUGCCGCAGUGAAGAAGGUAAAACCACAAAAGAUUUAAGUGUAGCUGUUCAGAUGAUGAAAAGGAUCCACUCCUUGAUGGAAAAAUACUCAGAGCUUUUACAAGAAGAUGAUCGGCAACUCAUAGCCAGAUGCCUCAAGUAUCUGGGAUUUGAUGAGUUGGCAAGUUCUUUACAUCCAACCCAGGAUGCAGAAAAUGAUGUAAAAGCAAAGAAAAGGAAUAAGUAUUCCGUUGGCAUGGGACCAGCUCGGUUCCAGCUGCAAUACAUGGGCCAUUACUUGAUACGAGAUGAGAGAAAAGAUCCGGAUCCCAGGGUCCAGGACUUUAUUCCCGACACAUGGCAGCGAGAGCUCCUUGAUGUGGUGGAUAAGAAUGAGUCAGCAGUGAUUGUGGCCCCAACGUCCUCAGGCAAAACCUAUGCUUCCUACUACUGCAUGGAGAAAGUGCUGAGGGAGAGUGAUGACGGGGUGGUCGUGUACGUUGCACCCACAAAGGCCCUUGUUAAUCAAGUGGCAGCAACUGUUCAGAAUCGUUUUACGAAAAAUCUGCCAAGUGGUGAAGCUCUCUGUGGUGUUUUCACCAGGGAAUAUCGUCAUGACGCCUUGAACUGUCAGGUACUUAUUACGGUGCCUGCCUGCUUUGAAAUUCUGCUGCUUGCUCCUCAUCGCCAAAACUGGGUGAAAAAAAUCAGAUAUGUUAUAUUUGAUGAGGUUCAUUGUCUUGGUGGAGAAAUUGGAGCAGAAAUCUGGGAGCAUCUCCUAGUUAUGAUCCGAUGUCCCUUUUUGGCCCUUUCAGCUACCAUAAGUAAUCCCGAACAUCUCACCGAGUGGCUACAAUCAGUAAAAUGGUACUGGAAAGAAGAAGAUAAAAUAAUUGAAAAUACUGUUACUUCUAAGAGACAUGUGGGUCGUCAUCCCGGUUUUCCCAAAGACCACGUGCAAGUAAAACAAUCAUAUAAAGUUAGACUUGUGCUCUAUGGAGAGAGAUACAAUGAUCUAGAGAAGCAUGUAUGCUCAAUACAAGGCGAUGACAUUCAUUUUGAUCAUUUCCACCCAUGUGCUGCAUUAACAACGGACCAUAUUGAAAGGCAUGGAUUUCCUCCUGAUCUUUCCCUUUCACCUCGAGAAAGCAUCCAGUUAUAUGACACCAUGUUUCAAAUUUGGGAAAGUUGGCCUAGGGCCCAGGAACUGUGUCCCGAAAACUUUAUUCAUUUUAACAGUAAAUUAGUCAUUAAAAAGAUGGAUGCUAGAAAAUAUGAAGAGAGUCUAAAGGCAGAAUUAACAAGUUGGAUUAAAAAUGGCAACAUAGAGGAGGCCAGAAUGGUACUUAAGACUCUUAGUCCUAAAGCAGAUUUUAGUCCAGAAAACAUGAUCACAAUGUUUCCACUUCUAGUUGAAAAACUAAGGAAAAUGGAGAAGUUGCCUGCACUAUUUUUUUUAUUCAAGUUAGGAGCUGUAGAAAACACAGCUAAAAGUGUGAGUGCUUUUCUGGAGGAAAAGCAGGAGAAGAAAAGGCCUCCUAAAGCUGAUAAAGAAGCCCAUGUCAUGGCUAACAAACUUCGAAAAGUUAAAAAAUCCAUAGAGAAACAAAAGAUCAUAGAUGAAAAGAGCCAGAAAAAACCCAGAAAUGUGGAUCAAAGUCUAAUCCAUGAAGCUGAACAUGAUAAUCUGCUGAAGAGUCUUGAGAAGAACCUGGAAAUUCCACAGGAUUGCACAUAUGCUGAUCGAAAAGCAGUGGACACUGAGACUUUGCAGAAGGUAUUUGAUCGAGUAAAAUAUGCAAGAAAAGGUGAAGAAUUGAAAGCCUUGGCAGAAAGGGGUAUUGGAUAUCAUCACAGUGCUAUGAAUUUCAAAGAAAAACAAUUAGUUGAAAUCCUCUUUAGGAAAGGAUUUCUUAGGGUGGUGACAGCUACUGGAACACUUGCUUUAGGUAUCAACAUGCCUUGUAGAUCUGUGGUUUUUGCUCAAAACUCAGUCUAUCUGGAUGCUUUAAAUUACAGACAGAUGUCUGGUCGUGCUGGAAGAAGAGGUCAAGACCUGAUGGGAGAUGUGUAUUUCUUUAAUAUCCCAUUCCCCAAAAUAGGAAAACUCAUAAAAUCCAAUGUUCCUGAGCUGAGAGGACAGUUCCCUCUCAGCAUAACCCUGGUCCUGCGACUCAUGCUGCUGGCUUCCAAGGGAGAUGACCCAGAGGAUGCCAAGGCAAAGGUACCAUGCUGGACCCUGCCUGAGGUUCAGUCUUCAUCGCUGGCCUGGCUGUAGUCAGGUCUGCUGCUCUUUUAGAAGUCUGUAGCAAUAACCCUUGAGUUUUAUCAGUCUUGAUGUUUUUGUAAUGUCUUGAAAAGUAUAGAAUUGGGGAUAGCUAGGGAAAAUAACAUAAAGAUGAAAAUAAUUUUUCUUUUUUUCCAUCUUCUUAUUUUAAGUUCUGAGGCACAUGUGCAGGAUGUGUAAGUUUGUUGUCUAAAGAUGUGCCAGGGUGGUUUCCUGCACCUGUCAACCCAUCACCAAGGUGUUAAGCCUAGCAUGCAUUAGCUAUUUAUCCUGAUGCUCUCCCUCUCCCUUCCCCUACAGGCCCCUGUGUGUGUUAUUCCCCUCCCUGUGUCCGUGUGUUCUCAUAGUUCACCUCUUACAUAUAAGUGAGGAUAUGUGGUGUUCGGUUUUCUGUUUUGGCAUUAGUUUGCUGAGGAUGAUGGCUUCCAACUCUGUCCAUGCCCCAACAAGGGAUAUGAUCUCAUUCUUUUUUAUGGCUGCAUAGUAUUGCAUGGUGUAUAUGUACCAUAUUUUUAAAAUCCAGUCUAUUGUUGAUGGGCAUUUGGGGUGAUUCCAUGUCUUUGCUACUGUGAAGUGUUGCAGUGAACAUAUGCAUACAUAUGUCUUUAUAAUUGAAUGAUUUAUAUUCCUUUGGCCAUAUAGUCAGUAAUGGGAUUGCUGGGUCAAAUCGUAUUUCUACCUCUAGAUCUUUGAGGAAUCUCCACACUGUUUUCCACAAUGUAGUUGAACUGAUUUCCACUCCCAGCACCAGUGUAAAAGCAUUGCUAUUUCUCUGCUACCUCACCAGUAUCUGUUGUUUCUUCACUUUUUAAUAAUCGCCAUUUGAUUAGUGCGAGAUGGUAUCUCAUUGCGAUUUUGAUUUGCAUUUCUCUAAUUAGCAGUGAUCUUAAGUUAUUUAUUUAUUUAUUUAUACUUUAAGUUCUGGGGCACAUAUGCGGAUCGUGCAGGUUUGUUACAUAAGUAUACAUGUGCCAUGGUGGUUUGCCACCUCCAUCCCUCCAUCAUCUACAUUAGGUAUUUCUCCUAAUGUUAUCCCUCCCCAAUACCCUUACCUCCUGCUAUCCCUCCCCCAGAUCCCCUUCCACUGACAGUGUGUGGUGUUUCUCUCCCUGUGUCCAUGUGUUCCCAUUGUUCAACACCCGCCUAAGAGUGAGAACAUACAGUGUUUGGUUUUCAAUUCUUGUGUCAGUUUGCUGAGAAUGAUACUUUCCAGCUUCAUCCGUGUCCCUGCAAAGGACAUGAACUCAUCCUUUUUUAUGGCUGCAUAGUAUCCCAUGGGAUAUAUUACCACAUUUUCUUUAUCCAGCCUAUCAUUGAGAGGCAUUUGGGUUGGUUCCAAGUCUUUGCUAUUGUAAACAGUGCCUGACUGCUCUAAGUAAUUUAUAGUUUCAGUGUUAUUCCCAUUAAACUACUAUUGACAUUCUCCACAGAAUUAGAAAAAACUAUUUUAAAAUUCAUAGUGGAACCAAAAGAGAGCCUGUAUAGACAAGACAAUUCUAAGAAAAAAGAACAAAGCUGGAGGCAUCACACUAUCUGGCUUUUACCUUUAAUACAAAGCUACAGUAACCAAAACAGCAUGGUACAGGUACAAAAACAGACACAUAGACCACCGGAAAACAAUAGAGAACUCAGAAACAAGACUAUACAUCUACAACCAUCUGAUCAUCAACAAACCUGACAAAAAGAAGCAAUGGGGAAAGAAUGCCCUAUUGAAUAAAUGAGGAUGGGAGAACUGGCUAGCCAUAAGCAGAAAAUUGAACUAGACCCUAUUCUUAAACCUUAUACAAAAAUUAACUCAAGAUAGAUUGAAAACUUAAAGGUAAACCCAAAAACUAUAAAAAUUCUAGAAGAUAACCCAGGCAAAACUAUUCAGGACAUAGGCACAGGCAAAGAUUUCAUGAUUUAUAUGGCUUGGCUGUGUACUCACCCAAAUUGCCUCUUGAAUUGUAACUCCACAAUUCCUCAUGUCAUGGAAGGGACCCAGUAGGAGGUAACUGAAUCAUGGGGGUGGAUCUUGUCCAUGAAGUUCUCAUGAUAGUGAAUAAGUCUCAUGAAAUCUGAUGGUUUAAAAAAGAGUAGAUACCCUGCACAAACUCUCUCUCUCUCUCUCUCUCUCUCUCUCUCUCUUUCUCUCUCUCUCUGCCUGCCGCCAUUCAUUGUAAGCUGUGACUUACUCCUCCUUGAAUUCUAUCAUGAUUGUGAGGUUUCUCAAGCCAUGUGGAGUUGUAAGUCCAUUAAAAUUCUUUCUUCUGUAAAUUUCCCAGUAUUGUUUAUGUCUUUAUCAGGAGUGUGAAAACACUAAUACAGUAGUGAUACCAGUACAGUGGGGCACUGGUGAAAAGAUACCUAAAAAUGUAAAAGUAACUUUAGAACUGGGUAACAGGCAGAAAUUGGAACAGUUUGGUGGGCUCAGAAGAACAUAGAAAAUGUGGGAAAGUUUGGAACUCCCUAGAGACUUCUUGAAUGGCUUUGACCAAAAUGCUGAUAGUGAUAUCGACAAUAAAAUCCAGGCUGAAGUGGUCUCAGAUGGAGAUGAGGAACUUCUUGGGAACAACAGCAAAGGUGACUUUUGUUAUGUUU